AUGACGCGGGAUUGGUGGGAUUUUCCACCCUCGAACCUGGGCAGCGAGCACUUCGAACUUUCCAAAGCUCUUCUCAAUGUUUGGCCUUGGUAUUCGAGCACGGGAAUGACUCGCUCCGGAUCUCCCUCUUCUCAUGCAGAGAUUAUUAGGGGUGGAGAACAAGUGAUGGCGCUUAUCUGA